AUGGGUAACGCUCUUUCACGCCUCAUUUCCUCGCUUUUCGGGGAGAAGGAGGUCAGGAUCCUCAUUCUCGGACUCGACAAUGCGGGCAAGACGUCCAUUCUGUACCGAUUGAAGGAAGGCACUUUUCAUUCUACUGUACCGACGAUUGGUUUCAAUGCUGAACAAAUAGAGGUUGGCAAGCUAAAAGCACAAGUAUGGGACCUGGGUGGCCAAGAAAGCAUUCGGCCGUACUGGCGCUCAUACUACCAGGAGCAAGAAGCUGUCAUUUUUGUCGUGGACAGCUGCGACGCCAACCGGAUGCAAAUUGCGAAGCGUGAGCUCAUGAAUAUUAUCGAAGAGGAGGAGCUCAAGAAUGCCGUUGUCUGCGUUUUUGCUAACAAACAAGACAUGCCGGAAGCGCUUUCUGCUGCGGAGAUUGCCGAAGCGCUGGGCUUGUCUUCUAUUGUCGAUAAGAAAUGGACCAUUAUUGCAACCAGCGCGCUUCGGGGAGAUGGAUUGAAAGAGGGAUUCGAGUGGAUCUCCGACUCAAUCAAGACGAAGGCAUAGAUUUACCGAGCCGUUCAGGAAAGACAUCUUUGGGAACGAGUUGUAGUUCGUUGAUGGUAAGGCCCAUCUGGGAGAUGUAAAGAAUAUAUUGCAGGGGCCAUGCCCGCUUUCCCGUAACCGGAACCUGUAUGAUUGAAGAUUAGAACUACUAAGAGCGCGGACCUCUUUGCCGUCUUCGCUACUACGAGACGAGCCCGCCCGCACUCCACCUGGCUGCCACACGCCCGUACUUUAGUAGUAAGCUUCGCUUCGAGCCUGUAGUUGCCACUGGGGCUCUCGAUUCGGUAAAUAGACACUGUCGGCGUAUUGAAACAUUGUUCCAUGAAAAACUGUAGAU